AGUUAUAAAUAAAAAUACCAAAAUGGGGAAACGACAGCAUCAAAAAGAUAAAAUGUAUUUAACAUAUACAGAAUGGACAACCCUUUAUGGAGGAAAACGGUCAGGAGAAAAUUUUGAUACAAGUGAAGAUGCAACAUUUCGAAGAUUACCUUAUAAUCAUUGUUGUGUGAGCUUACAACCAUUUGAAAAUCCAUAUUGUGAUCCUCUAGGAAAUAUAUUUGAAUUAGAACCUCUUUUGGUAUAUGUAAAACAUUUCAAACAUAAUCCAGUAACUGGGAAACCAUUUGACCUUAAAAGUCUUAUCAAAUUAAAUUUUCACAAAAAUGCUGACGGUGAACAUCAUUGUCCUGUUCUCUUUAAAGUGUUUUCAAAACAUUCACAUAUUGUUGCGAUUAAAACUACUGGGAAUGUUUUUUCAUGGGAAGCAGUUGAACAACUUAAUAUUAAAACAAAGAAUUGGAAAGAUUUAAUCAAUGAUCAACCAUUUACCCGAGCUGAUAUUAUUACCCUUCAAAAUCCUUCUGAUGCUUCUAAAUUCAAUUUGUCUAGAUUUCAUCAUAUAAAAAAUAAUUUAAAAGUUGAAGAUGAAGAUGUAGUGAAAGAGCGAAAUGAUCCGAAUGCAAAACUUAAAACAGUUUCUUCUGAAACAAAAGAUAUAUUAACAGAACUUGAAAAAGAAUAUAAACCUGCUGCUAAAAAAGAACAAAGUGUUAAACGUACAGCUGAUAAAUUCAAUGCUGCCCAUUAUUCAACGGGAGCAGUUGCAGCAGGCUUUACAUCAACAGUUAUGCCAAGAGAAACAGUUCAUGAAGCAGCAAUUAUAGCCGAUGAUUUAGUUCGUUAUGAAAGAGUUAAGAAAAAGGGAUAUGUUAGGCUUAUCACAAAUUUUGGUACACUUAAUCUUGAAUUACAUUGUGAUAUAGUUCCAAAAACGUGCGAAAAUUUUAUUAAACAUUGUUCAAAUGGUUAUUAUGAUAAUACCAAAUUUCAUAGAUCUAUAAAAAAUUUUAUGAUUCAAGGUGGUGAUCCAACUAAUACUGGAAACGGUGGAAAAUCUAUUUGGGGAAAGCCCUUUGAAGAUGAAUUUAAACAAAAUUUAACUCAUCAAGGUAGAGGAAUUCUUUCGAUGGCAAAUUCUGGACCGGGCACAAAUGGAUCUCAAUUUUUUAUUACUUUUCGGUCAUGUCGUCAUCUUGAUCGUAAACAUACAGUUUUUGGUAAAAUUGUAGGAGGAUUGGAUACUCUAAAUGCAAUAGAAAAAAUAGAAGUUGAUAACAAAGAUCGUCCCAUCGAGGAUAUUAUUAUUCAACGAACACAAGUAUUUGUUGAUCCUUUUCAAGAAGCAGAUGAUCAGCUAAUAGCAGAAAGAGCAGCUGAAAUCGAGAAACAAAAUCAGGAAGCCAAUGAUAAAUUGGCAUCUAACAGUGAAUCUAAGAAUGAAUUAAAAGCUUUACAUUCUGGAGUUGGAAAAUUCAUUAAUCUAAAAAAAGAAAAAGAGAUUGCUACCACGAGUGAAGUUCCUGUUAAAAAGAAAAAGAAAGAAAUAUCAUCAUCACCUUUUAGUAAUUAUUCAAAAUGGUAAAAUUAUUUUUUAGUA